AUGGUCGACACGGCGACGUUUGCACAAGCGCUGCGUCAUCUCGAGCUCCGGGCCAACCAGCUGCCGACUCGGCGCUUCCAGCUCCUGCACAAGACGGCGCGAACGUCACUCGAUCGGAACGCGCUCGACCUCUUCGCCCUCUGCCGCGUUCCAAGCCCACGACCACCGUCAAUCCCGGCUUCUAUAAAUGCUACGGCAUUUGCCGCAGCUCCCGACCCUGUACUUGGCCCGGAACGGCCAGCUCUGCCUCUGCGUCUCUGCGUCUUGGACGUGAGCGGCAACCAGAUCAAGAGCGCUCCGCGCACGCCCCGCGAUGCACUCUCGUAA